UUUGUGACGAUGGCAUCAGUAUUGGACACUGGAGUGUUCACUGCCAGUUUGAGGUCGCACAAUCCAAAGCAAGGUUUGAUCGCUGAAGGCGCCGAAGCAUUCUCCGUAUUCUUCGAAGACUGCCGUAAUGCUUUUCAACAAGACUACAGCGGCAGGCCACGCAAACGUGCAAGACUCGAGUCCGCAGAUAAUUUCGAGCCAUCACAUCGUUCUCUUGAGUCAGGAAUCACAAUUGCUCGCGUUAACAUCAACAUACACCUAUCUUCAGAACGGCCAUCUCCAGGGACGAGCAACCACGGCGAUCCAUCAACUGUGCUGGAAGAUGAUAUCGAAGUCGGGCUCACCGAUACCUCGGAUCUGGCCUCUUCGCAACCUUGUCUCUCACUGGUUGGGCACACAAGCUACAAGAAAAGCCCUACACUCAGAAUUCAGACUAUGACAUCCAUCUCAUCAACCACAGCCAAUUUGCUCUCACGCAUUGUGAACCUUGAGAAGCGAGCCAGACGCAAUGUCAGACCAGGUGUCUGUCGAUCCACAUGCCUUCUGCAUCGCUCAGCUGGUCCCUCUGGUCCUGUUUAUACAUUAGAAUGCAGCAUCACAUGGUUUGACGGUGAGUCAGCGUUUGGACCUCUGGCCAAGCAAGAAGACUGGGCCACUCUUACUCAGUUCUUUCCGGAGCUUCGAAAUGCGCAAUCAAAAUCGUGGACGCCACAGGAGUUUUACGCCAGCGUUCACUCUCCAUCAAACGAUGCGUAUGUACCCGAACAGGUCGAACGUAAGGUCCUCGAAACCGAUCUAUACCCCUUCCAGAAACGUUCCGUAGCAUGGAUGCUUAGCCGAGAGACCUCAACUUGCGACCAAUCCCGAGGCCGUUUAUCCUACACGUCAGUCACGGAUGCAAAUGACCAACCUUGUUUUGUCAGCCAUUUGGAAGGCAUUGUGUGCUCUCCGUCACAUCUUGGUGCUUACCAAGAGCCAAGGGGAGCAAUACUUGCGGAGGAAAUGGGACUUGGAAAGACCGUCGAGCUCAUUGGGCUGAUAUGUCUCAACAAACGAGACUCUGCUGAGAUGCAUACCGGACAGGCCGAGGCCCACACACUUACCAAGUCUCGAGCGACACUUAUUGUCACUCCGCAGACCAUAUUACAACAGUGGAUAGACGAGUUGGCUAGACACGCUCCUGGUCUCUCUGUUACGCACUACAAAGGUAUCACUAAAGCUGAGUCGUCCAAGGAAGGAGCGCAGUCAAUUGUCGCGGAUUUGGCGCAGCGAGACGUGGUCAUCACGACAUACGCUGUGUUAUCUCGCGAGGUUCAUUUCGCUGUCGAACCNCCUGAGCGUUCACUGCGAACUCGAGAACGACAGCGCACUCGACCUCGCAGCCCUCUGGUACAGAUGCACUGGUGGAGAGUCUGCCUAGAUGAGGCACAAAUGGUCGAAUCGGGUGUCAGUGCAGCAGCUCAAGUGGCCUCUCUUCUACCGCGUGAGAAUGCCUGGGCAAUAUCUGGUACACCUCUCAAGAAGGAUGUUCAAGAUCUUUUCGGACUUUUGGUGUUCCUCAGAUACCAGCCUUUCUGCGAUUCCCCCGCAAUCUGGAACCGUCUGAUACACCAAUACGGAGAUCUGUUCAAGACUUUGUUUGGCCGCAUAACGCUGCGUCACACCAAGGAUCACGUACGGCACGAACUUCGAUUGCCUCCUCAGAGAAGGGUUGUCUUGACAUUGCCAUUUACUCAGAUCGAGGAACAAAACUACAAGACAUUAUUCGAGACAAUGUGUGAGGAGUGUGGAUGUCGCUCUGAUGGAUCACCUCUCACAAACAAUUGGGACCCGGAAUCACCUGCAUUACUGCAAAAGAUGCGAACUUGGCUCUGUCAACUACGUCAGACUUGUCUGCAUCCCCAAGUUGGUGGCAGAAACAGAAGAGCUCUCGGACGUGGCCAAGGCCCAUUGCGUACUGUGGCCGAAGUUCUGGAAGUCAUGAUAGAUCAAAACGAAACGUCGAUCCGUACAGAAUCUCGUCUUGCCAUCAAUACCCAGCUUCUCCGUGGUCACAUCAUUGGCAACGCAAAGGAUGAUGAGCACAGAGCUGAGNNAAAAGCUCUGGAGAUCUACAAAUCUGCACUCGAGGCGUCGGAAAAGAUUGUCGCUGAGUGCAGGACCGACGUUGCUAGGGCAGCUGCUCGCCUGAGUGAGCUCGAAAAGAAGCACGAUGACUCAGAAGAUGAUACGACGACAGAGGAUAUCGCUGAAGGACGGUGCAGAGUCGCUCUGUAUUCUGCUUUGCAAUUGAAGCAUGCAUGUGCUUUCUUCAUUGGCACCUCGUACUUCCAGAUGAAAUCCAACACCAACUUUACUGAGCCAGACUCGGAGAGGUUUCGAGAACUGGAGGAACAAGAGUCACUCUUCUAUGAUUCUGCUAAGCUAACUCGCAAAGAGAUUUUGAAUGAAGAUUCCUCAAAGGCUGAGAAGCUCAUGCACAAGGUAGAGCAAGAGAAAGAUGUGGUUCUCGAGCGUUCUAGAUUGGAAACCAUGGAGAGUCCUGGAGGUGUCGAGAACGUCAAAAUAGUAACUCGUGAUCUCGCCAGAAUUAUGAAUACGCAAGCGAAAGUCAUUGAUGAAUGGAAAGAAAAGGUUACCGAGCUGUUGCUCAAACCUCUGGUCGACAAGGACGAGGGAAACGUUGAGACUACUGGUGACGAAUACGAAGACUCGACAAAAUCCCAAGAUACAUUAAACGCGUAUCUGGAUGCUCUGAGAGCCAUGGUUGCUGAUCGCUCAACUUGUAUCACAGGACAGAGUGCGCCUCUUGUCGACCAGGAGAUACGGUCUUUGGUUCAAAUGGCCAAGUUGGGUCAUGGACAUGCACCAGAGCUUAUACUCGAGUUACUCACGGAACGUGAGCGUCUGAAGCAGAGGCCUGACGAUUUAUUAUCUUUGCGUGGCUUGGUGAUUUCGGACACUGUCGCACCUCAUAAGGAAGAUUGGGAUGAUACAUUGGACGUAGCUGCUCUCGAAGCUGCGACACGUCGACAAGAGACACAAACCAAGGCACUUGCAGCUUUGAAGACCAAGAAUCGCUUCUUACUUCAUCUGCGUGAAGAGAGUACCAACUCACAAGAAACGCAAAGAAUUUGUGUUAUUUGUCAAAGCUCUUUCGAGCAGGGUGUUCUCACCGUUUGUGGUCAUCAAUACUGCAAAGAAUGCAUCAAUCAUUGGUGGAGUUCUCAUCGUACCUGCCCCGUGUGUAAGCGCCAUCUGGUGCUUGCAGACUUUCAUCAGAUCACAUACAAGCCGCAGGAGCUGCUUGCACAAGAGGAACAGUCCGAACCCUCUUCGCCGAGCCAGGGCUCUAGUAAGAGUGCGACUCCGGGAUCUGCUCUAUAUGCCGACAUCAAUAGCGAUACGCUUGCACAAAUCAAAUCCAUUGAUCUGAAUGGUUCGUUCGGUACGAAGAUAGACACCCUCGCUCGACAUAUCCUAUGGAUUCGCCAGCAUGACCCUGGCGCGAAAGCAAUCGUAUUCAGUCAGUUUAGGGAGUUUCUCGAUGUUCUCGGCACCGCAUUUAAGCAAUCCGGUGUUGGUUAUUCGCGUAUGGGAAAACCAGGCGCCAUUGAUCGAUUCAGAAACGACGCAGGUAUCGAAUGUUUCCUUCUGGAUGCAAAGACCGACUCGUCAGGCCUCAACCUCGUCAACGCGCAGUACGUCUUUCUGACCGAGCCACUCAUCAACACGGCAAUCGAACUCCAAGCCAUUGCUCGCGUGCACAGAAUCGGCCAACAACGACCCACUACAGUCUACAUGUACCUAAUCGGCGACACGGUCGAAGAAGCCAUCUACGAAAUAUCCGUCGCCAGACGUUUGGCACACAUGCAAAAAGCCACCAAAAAGGAGCCUCAGCGUUCAAAGUCUUCCACUCCUGCAUUGGGCGAAGCCGCCAUCGAUGCUGCCAACUCGCUUGAAUUGCAGCAGGCGCCCAUCUCGGGACUCUUGGUGCAGGGUAAAGGCGACGGUGAAGUUGUGCCCAAUGACGAUCUGUGGAGUUGUCUNUUUGGGCGUGCUACUAAGAGUCAGAGGCAGCAGCAACAACCUGUUGUUUCUGCCGAGUUGGAAGCGGAGGUUGGAAGGCACUUGCGUAGUGAAGCAGCUGAGAACAGACGUUUCUGA